AAACACCCACUCAGAGGGCCCUGAUGUUCAGAGUUGUAGUCAAGUCACUAAAUGUCAAAUCAAGUCCCAAGUCGUAAGUCUGAAUCACCAGUACCUAAGUCCAAAUCAAGUCCUUUUUGUCAAUUAUCUAAUAUUUUGGAUGUUUCCUUCAUGAAAACACAACAGCCAUUUGUAGAAACUGUACAACAGUGUGCAAGUUAACUUCUUUUUUGCACAUUUGACCUUAGAAACCCACCAGAGUGGAAAAGAAACAGAGUUUGCCUGCAGCAGGUUGUCCUCUUGGCUCGUCUGCAUAUUCUCCCACAACACCCAUAAGACCCGUACGUUUUUGUCCCUGUCUUUAAUUACUAAUUAAUUUGUCUCCCUGUCGCCCUGUCUCAAGACGCGUCUCCUCAUCCUUCCUUCUCCGCUCUUGCAGACAAGGACGGGCGAGGACGUUGGGAUCCUGUGGUCCGCGAAGGGAUUUCAUUAUGGCUUCUUUCCAGAGCGAUGAAACCGAAGCAAACAAGGACUCGCACAAGGACAAACAACCUAACAGGCCGUGCUGGAGUUUUUCACGCUGUAUUUUCUGGAGGUGACAAUAUCACGCAAGCUUCUGUGCUCAUGUGGGGGAGGAAAGUGUUCUGUGAAGUACGAUUUGGAGUACAAUGUGUGUGUAUGUGCCAUUAUGUUGGUCGCGUGGGACCCCAGACUUAGCUCCAUCACUAAUGUAUGUCUGUCUGCUUCCUCCCCCACUACCACACUGAAAUGGGGUCACAUAGUGUCAUGAACGUCUCUGCUGUGUGUCCUCUAGCACUUCAUGCUGUACUCUGCAUGUGCGCACAUGUACGUGUGUUUUGCACCCUUCCUGAUCAUGGGCAUCAGUGUGGGUACGCCUGUUCGCGGGGUUACUUGGAGGGCAGGGGUUGUCACUGAAGCGUGGUGCUGAUUGGCUGAUCGGACUUGUUUAUGUUGUAUCCCUAUGCCCAGUGAAGAGGAACAGACCCCCUGCAGACCGUAGCCUCCACACCAGACAGUCCUCACACACCAACGCACUAUUAUUCCCCACGCUUUGGCGGCCCUUGUUACUAUGCAGACACACUUCUGUGCGCCCACUUUCUGGACAGAAGUAUGGUGUUCCUAACAAGUUGACAGAUGUAGGCCAUGGCUGGGGCAAGUGACUAAACAAGCUGACAUAUUAUGCCAAUAGUUUUUGGUUGGUUUUGCAUCAUGCACAUAAAUUUCACCAGUGACCUGUAUUUUUUUCCAUUAAUUCUGUCUCGCUUAAGCUUUCAGGCUUUCAAAAAGCUGCUUUCAGUUUCAGCUCAAACGCAGAUCCACGGAGCAAACAUGCUUUAAUAUUAAAGGAUUCACAUGUGCUUGUAGGACUCCAACAAUGCCACAGAUUUUGCUUUAAAUAUUUGCACAUGGUAAAACAUGAGUGUUAGUAAACAUGCCCAUAACAGAGAUAGGCCAGCUUUAAAUGCAAACCCAUGAAAAUGAGCAAAUUUAGGGACCAAAGUAUCAUUGGCACUAUAAAGUUGCGUCUUCAUGGAUUAGAAUAUGAUAAAAAAGUUAAAUGUUUUCCACCAGCUAUCUAGUUUUGAUAAUUACGGCCUAUAGCUCAAGAAAUGUUAAUAUCAAUAUCGUAAAACAUUCAAAUACUUUGUGUACGCCCCUAUUCAAACAAUAUGAGUACAGUUUAUCUCUCGGUACACACAACAACAAUCAAGGUGGAGGAUUCUGACCUGAUUAUCAUCCGUAAGACAACCAUUACCAUAAGGUGCACAAGCAGCAGGAGAACUGUUAGGAAAAGUAGAUUAAAAAACUUUCAAAAGAAGAUUUUGGAGCAUUUCAUGCGUCCAUCUGCUUAAUAGAGAUGCAGCCUUCUCUUCCAGCUGGAUUCAGCACCUGCCCACAGCGCCAAAACUACUAUGGUUGGCUGACCAGGAAAUUACAGUCAAGUAUUGCUUGAUUGACAAGCCAACUGGCCUGACCUGAUUCUCAUGGAGAAUCUGUGGGGCAAUGGCAAGAAGAAAAUAAAUAAAAACACCCGGCCAAAUAAUACAGACAAGCUGGAGGGAGCUGACAAAGCGACUUGGGCUUUUUUUUAUCGGGGAUAUAUUGGAGACAGUUUGAGGAUCUUUAAUUAAAUCAUGUUUUUCAUAUUCAUUGAGACAAUCCUGUACAGUAUCUGGGUAGAACAAAGAGAGUGUGUUGAAGCUAGAGCAGUGCGUGAGUUCACCUUUGCAUAUAUAGGAGAGUAAAUUGGCACUCGUGCGACAAGUAGAGGCAGCUUCGCAUGUUUAAGUGACACUCUGUGAUGCUAAUUGAAAGGCCAUGCAUGCAUAACAUACACUACAUUUCUCCCCUGCAUAAGUCAACGCCUUGAAUAGUACUUCAUGUUCUCAGAAAGAGAAAACAACGUGGAAAGUGUGUUUGUGUCAUGCAUGAGGUUAUGACUCUCCCUCUGAGGCCUGGAUGAUGUGAUGAUUACAGCUCACUCUGUCUGAUGUCUUUAGGCGUGCCUCUUAUGCAUUUAAAGGCACGUGAGACGAUGUUAACAGGGUGUGUGCUCUGGCAACAGCGUGAGUACUAGUUUCCAGCAUUUCCCAGCAUGCACAACAAACUUAUUUUAUUUAUGAGGCAGCUAAAAAAAAAUUGGUUUAGACUACGGAGUAGCCUAAUGCAAAUUGUUUUUUUUCCAUCAAUGUAGCAGAAAUUAAAAGCGACCAAGGCUUUGUGUUUUUAAUUGAGGUAUGAUUGAAUGCAUGUUGGUUCAGUGCAAAUUGAAGCUAAUGGCAUAUGCAGGGUCAAAGUCUGUUUCCAGUGAUUGGAUCUACCUUGAUUGCUGGCUGUAAAUUAUUCAGCCAAUCUCGCUUUUUCUCUCCAGCUACAUGCAAAGUGUUCCUGACCAUACAUGGAGAACUUUCUCUAAGGUAGGGGACAUAAAACACCGAGAUUCCAUUAUAGUCUUCCAGCGCUGCAAAUCACAGCAGCUCCAUUCCUUCUGCUUCUCCUUGGAAAGACAAUAAAAUCCUCAAACUGAGUAAAUAUGAAGCGAAUAGUUCAAGUGAAAGAUGAGCUGAAAAAUAACAUGGAGGACAUUCCUUAAACUGUAGCCAGGUCUCCUCUCUCACCUCCGUAUCCUCCUUGAUUUGACAACAGCUCUGUCAGUAUGAGCACAUGGAAUCUUCCAUAUUUAUCUCUGAAGACUCCAGAGCUGUCUCCGUGGUAACACCACUUAAACUCUGCUGUUGCCACCUGGAUCCUGCCUGCUGUGACGCAGGAGUCACAGUCCAGUCGGUCUGUCCUGUAAUAUGACAGACAGAGGAAAAUGUCCAAAGUGAGAUGGGGAGGAUUCAGGGAAUGAGAAAGCCGACUACCAAGAAUUCUUAUUCUCUCCAGGCUAGAAACUGUUCAGUAUUAUGCUUUUUUUUUCUCUUUAGGUUAAGGCAUUAGGUAAACUUUUUAUUUUAUUUUUUUUUUCUGUCGGCACAUGUGGCUAAAUCAAAACCUGUUGGACACAAGCUUCCCAUUUACUCUGGGGGUUGCACAAGUCCAAAAUUUGAAUGAGCGAACAAGGUUUUGACCAGCAGAGGUGACAAAAAGAGAGUUUGUUUAUUCCUCAGGCAGACCCACAGACAAAAUAAGAAUCUCUCAACGAUAGAAGUAGUUUUAUUUUACUGAUGUAGAGAAGGAAAGCAAAUGAAAAGUGAUAAAGCACUGAAAUAUACUCACAAUAAGGUCCUGAGGCAAGAACAGCCCUAUUGAAAAAAGUCUUUCAUUUGCAUUAAAAGGAGGAAAAGGUCACAUCACAAUUAAUGGGAAACCUGGAAGAGACACAGUGGUGGUGUGGUCCUGCUUUUGAAAUUUUUAAUUAUAAAGCAUCACUUAAAAAACUAAGUAGUAAUUUAUCUUUAUGUAUUCUUUUUUUUAAUUUAACUUGACUCGACACAAAGCAAGCAUUACUAUCUCACUAUCUCCUUAUUACUGCCAGUAAUAAUGGCUCUAAAAUUGAGUUUGUGGGAGUUACAAGUGCAAAAAAUGUCAGUUGACACAGGUCCUAAAUAUUUGUGUUCUAUUCCCAUCCAGUCCAGUUGAGAUGUGUUGUGUUCCCUUACUUUUGAAGAAAAAAGAUGGUAACUCACAGAUAAUGGGAAUUUCAAAGUCUAAAAAAAUAACACCACACAUAAAACAUCUAAAAGUUUGGAAAAAACCCGACCUGAGCCAGUAUUUUAACCGAUGGGUCCCACCUUUUUUGUUCAAUGUCAUAAUCACUUACUAGUACUCUGUCUCUCACCCUCCCUGCCACUUACUAUUUGCUCCAACUUGUACACACAGACACAUAAACACACACUCACUCACUGAACAGUCAAACAAUCAAGCUUUGAGGUCCUUUGGCGAAACAGAUUGUUUUCCAGUUUAAACAGGAUAUCCUUAUUUGAGCUUGCUGAGUCAGACAUUGACGCAAGAGGCAAACCAGCCUAGACAUUUAAGCGUUUCUAUAGUGACCCUCACCUCGGGCAAUGUUCACUCAUUUAAAAGGUGACAUAACAGCUGCAUUGGUCUAAAUAACUGACCUUGUUGAUCCGACUUGUCAUUUGGCAGUUGUUCAUUGUCACAUUCAUUAAGCUUUUACACCGUUACCUCGACUAAAGGGCCUAAUAAUGGACCAAAGGUUGACGCUUUCUCAGAAUUACAGCUCUUCUAGUGGCUGGGAAAGUGAUCACCUUUCUCUUAUACUUACAUGUAAUGAGGGAUAUUACAAAGUGUUCCUAUAAAUACUUUGGAGGGUAUUAUACAUGAGCAGCCUUUUUUCUUUCUUUCAUUCAAGUUUUAGCAGAAGUGCUCUUUGCAAGCGGCAACAAAGCUAAUAGCUAAGUCGAAAACAGGCCAAUCCAGACAGUGAUUAACUCAUUCCUACAUGAUUCUAUGCUUGGAGACUGGAUUAAAUCAGUGGACUGAGGCACCUUUGUAUAUGUGUCCUAAUGUGGUCUGGAAGGGUUGCAGGCAAAGUGGUGCAGGUAGUCAUAGUAAGGGACUAUUUAAAGGGAUAUUCCAGCGUAAAAUUAAUUUAGGGUCAAACACACCGUAACACCAAGUUAGACACCCCCUCGAGAGAUGGAUGUUGCCGACCACUUGCUUCUCUAGUUAUACCAACUUUCGUCACGACCACACAAUAGCAAUACACAGCAGUCUAUGGAGCCACACACAAACCUCAACCAAAACGCCACUCUAUAGCCACAAAUAAUGCUCAGAACAGCACCUAACUUCAUCAACAGUACAUACAGAGUCCUAGCCACAGCACUAGCCACCAAACAUUUUUUUAGAUUUGCCGAAUUUCUUUAGCAGAGACUAAACACAACUCACCUACUCUCUUACAGCAGCCGCUUGUUCGUAGCGGGACCUCAACCAGUCCAUUACGGACUGCAGAGGGGUGACACAGCUCAAGGAAGAACAUUUAGGACCUUUCCUAAUGGAAAUGCAAUCAGACCGAGACAAGGAAAUGAUAAAGUAAUGAUCAUUAAUGUUCUUCCUUGAGCUGCGUCACCCCACUGCAGUCUGUAAUGGACUGGCCUGAGGUCUUGCUCCAAAAUGGAAAUCUGUCCUAUGGUCUUCAUCUAAAGUUGACCUUCUUUUUGGAUUCACAGAUGCCACAUCAGGCACUUGAUAAGGAUGCCACCCAAUGCCUGGAACAUCACCCUGGAGCUCGAGGUGGACCCUGAGAUUCCUGGGAAGAUUACAUGUCCCAUUUGGCCUUGGAGCACAUCAGGAUCUCCACAUGAAGAGCUGGAUAGUGUUGAGGGGAUAGAGGUCUGGGUUGACUUGCUGAGACUGCUGCCCUGCCACCUGAUCCCAGAUAAGCAAAAGAAAAUGGAUAGAUGGGUGGAUGCCUCUGCUUUAUAAAAGAGAGGAAUAACCUGACAUGUACCCGUGCCAACUAAAAUUAGAAUUUUAUCCCCAUCCCCCCCAAAAUGAAAACUUUUCAGUUUCAUUAUUUGCUGUUGUUUUUGCACUCUUGUCAAACACAUACCCAGGAUUUCCACUGCAUGGGGAAUGGCUCAGAUCUGGAAUGGCUCCAAUUCCUACCAGAUUAGUUUGUGAGGCGAAUUUUGUGGAUUACAGACAAAAGGAAUCAUGAUUCACGGAUUCACGUGUAAUCACGGAUAACAAGUUGUCUUUAGCCACAUAGGCUAACAAUAUAAGCAGUAGAUUGUGUCCUUCAAGAGGAGGAAAUCUACUUCUAGACUUCUUGCGACACAUUAACUUGAAUGGUUACGAUCAGCUACGAUCGCGGAUAUGGCCUUUUCCUAGCUGUUCCGGAUGCGGUGGACAUUGGGGGACACAGAGUUCAAAUGAUUUGCAAAUCAUCACACUCUGUUUUUAGUGCCGUUUUUCCACUGCAUCCCAGCUUUUUUGGAGCUGGGGUUGUAUAACCAAGGAAAAUAUGAUGAAGGCUUGGCUGAAGUAAAAGUAGAAACAUAUCAAGCAGUUCAUGAAGAGAAUUAAAGCUGAAGUCCAGCCAGACUGAGGCCUUGGGUGGUCCGGAGCAGGAAUGUUGUUUGCCCUAAUAUAACCAUUACCCCAUGACACUAGCAGCACAAGCCUGUCUUUGCUAAAAAUAAUUCUGUGACUCGGUCCUGAUGACAGAGCCGUAACAUUUAUGGUGCACUUCUGCUUAUAGUGAUGCACAAAUGACCCACGACAAAAGAGUGUAUAAAAGUGUAACCAUGGUGCCCUCGUCAAUGACCUUAUGUCUUUCAGGUGGAGGUGGUAACCCGACAUGCCUUUUACCUCGUUGCCAUGGUUGCACCGUUCUUCCAAGGUUAAACUCUGACCCUGGAAGUGGUGUGGUGGAGUUUGCUGCAGAGGUGCAAAUGAACUCCAGAGCCGUGCCAGUGUGAGUGUCUGUGGUACCGUAGGAGGGAGGAUGAGGGAGGAAGUAGAGGAGGGUGAGAAGGAGAGCAGGAAAAACGGGGGAUGCUGUGGGGACUGGCGUCACCACAGGGAGAGAGGGAUAGAAAGAGGAGAUAAUGAGUGAGGAGACAGGGGAGAAAGAAGGAAGCAAUCAAAAUGAGGACAAGAAAGGGGGUUCAGUCAAACUGGUGGAUAUGAAAGGAGAUUGGAGUUUGGAAGCAACCAGUGAGCAGAUUAGUGGAAAGAAGGUCAUGGGUGGCGAAUGAAAACGAACAUUAAAAUCAAAUUGAUAGAAAUAAAACCCAGGAUAAAGGAGGAACUGGCGUAGUGAGACAGAUGAGGGAGAUGGAGAGAGGAGUUUAGAGCAGAGGGAAGGUGAGGGAGAAGGCAGACAAAAUCCCGAGGAUUAGUUCCACGCAUUCUUGGCAUCCAUAGUCACAGCAGCACUCAAGGCUGGUGUGGUGAUGGCAUUUGCAUUCACUGAUGAGGGCUGACUUUUCCUGUCUUGUUUCAGAACUUCCUCAGUCUGUUUCGCUCCUUGCGUGCCCUUCUUGUCUUGUAUUCCCUGAAGUUAGGGAGGAUUAGCUCACAUAGGCCAGCAAGAAAGUUCUUACAUGACAGGAUGAGUUUUACAAGUUGAACGUAUCCUGAAAAAAGUAAUAGAAAUCUUCCUCGUCUUCAGGUUUAUCCACAUAUUCAGGAGCCGACCAGAGGAUCAUCACAGCACAGAUUCUACUACCUACAGGUUGAAAACGAACUUUUAAAAUGAGAGAUUUUUGUAGUUUUUGCUUCAAAGAAUUACUAACUAGUCCAAACUUCAAAGGAAAAAAAAUCUGCAGCACUUUUAAGAGGCUCUUCAGAGAGCUUUUACUCACAAAAUGCUUUUUAAUGCGAAUUGAGAACAGCCUUGGACUCAGUUUGACACUUACAUGUGUUGCUGAAAAUCGUUUAACAGCACUGAAUGCCCUUAAAUGACGGACAAAAGCUUCACACAAAUCAGACGACUCAGGGUCAAUGUUGCAUUUGAGUUUUAAAUGAUAGUGUGAAAUGAUUUAAUGUGAAUAAUUAACAUUUUUUAAAACAUAUUUUACUAAAAGGCAGAUCUUUAAUAAAGCAAGUGCACAAGAUCUAAUUUUGAUUUCCACUGGUCCACCUGUAAGAUGACCUUUGUAGACUUUCUGAAGUAGAAAGAGAUGAAUACACAUGAAAAUAAAUAUUGGAAACUGUGAGUGUUACAUUUAUAAACCCCCACGUCAGUUUAAUAAUGAAGAACAAGAGGCUUUCUUCCUAAAUAUUACAGACACAAGCUGGAGCCCCCUGUCUUGGUGCACGUGCAAUAUAAUUAAAUAAACACUUGCCAAGGACCAGUGCAUCAGGCUAAAUAACUUCUUUUCAGACUUAUCAGAAAUGAUGGGGUUACUUAUUGAAGUAAUUCAGUAAAAAAUGUCAUUUUUAGAGGGUAGUUGCAAAAGCUUUAGAUAAGUCACAAGCAUUUUCUCAUACUAAUCAUUCCCCCCGUUUACAUAAUAAAUAAACUAAGACGGACAUCAAGGUAAUUAGAGAAAGAGUAUUAAUACUCCUGGGAACUUUCAAAAUGUUCUUUUCUGUUGGUAAUUUCUGUAAAAACUAUGCUAAAUCCCUCUUAAGUUGAAAGCUUGUAACAAGAACAGACCAUUUGAUUUGUCGAAUCUGGUCUGAGGUUACAUUAUUGUUGACAUAAUGAAUGAAGUGAAUUGGCGUCCACCUGGCUUAAUUUGUUUUUAAAGUAUUAACAUUUAAUCCCUCCCAGCUUAAACCUUCUGGUACAAACAACUCAAAACCUCACAGCUGUGCCAAGUUUGGAGGCCGGUUGAGCAAGACAGCAGCUGAUUACAGCCGCAGAUUGUAUUUGGUUUGUUGAACAAUAGACCAGAACCACAUGAGAUAUUUAUUUCUCAUCAGGGCCUGGAGGCCUUAGACACAAUGCUGGCUUUACAGGGAGUCAAAAUAUGGUUGAAUGGUUGGUAUUAAGACGGCUUCAUGUGAAACAAGCUGACAUUGUUACCCAGCUUUCAAGCAGAGACUUGUUUAAGUAAACAUGACACACUGUACUGUUUGGAAAGGGCAGAGUCAAAGUCAAGAAAUAAGACAGGGUGAAAAACUGAGAAUCAACACAGAGGUCAGUGAGAGUUUAGCCAUCAUGUGUAAACUUUCUCAUAUAGUUUAAAUGUACAAUUCAGUCACUUCUGCUCAAAUUUGUUGGAAUGAUAAUAUUAAAUCCAGUAAAUCCAGUUUGUUUUCUUGCUCAAACAUGAACUCUUCUCCUGAGUUCAAAUGAAGGUUUGAAUAAUGAUUAAAAUGUAACAGCCCCAUUAAAUAUUGAUUGGACAUUAGGCAUUAACUUUGAUAACAGUUGAUCUGUUUACUCUGUUGAAAAUCAGUAUAAGUUAAAAUUUUAUAGUAAUGUUAACAGUCUGCCUCCUCCUCCUGUAGUCUAAAGGUCCUUACACACCGAGACCGACACGAAAUUACGAAAUAUUCUGAGGCAAAUUUUGAUGCGCCUGCCUAUACACAUCAAACGCAAUGUGAUUUUGUGACUCUUUGGGGGAAAAAAGAUACGUCCCAGGUGGAAGCAAGAAGACUGACACAACAGCAGACUGACUGUUUUUCAGUUCUGAUUAGACUCUAGUGUUGAGAUGGCUGUCUGUCAUGAUAGCACGUUCUGAGUUGGGGCCAGUACCAGAUAAGCACAUUUAACUAUAAUCCAUAAAUGUAAGGUAACAACUGAGACCUAAUGGUGCUGUGAUAGCAACGCGAUUGAGUUUGAGACAGUGAAAAUACGUAUGGUAUGUUGUAUCUGAACAGGUUAGCUUUCGAGCUAAAGUUACUUAGCACAGAUGAAAGUUAAAACAAAGACAUUUAGCAAACUGUUAAAGCACACAAACCAUCGUCAUAUGAGAAAAACGACACUAUGACUCUCCACAAGUUGUCCUUAAGGUCGUAAGGGAAACAAGCAGCCGGUCGGCCAUGUUGGAUAUACUGGUGAAUCUGACAUCGCAACAACAUGAAAUGUGAUUGGUCAGAAGUGGACACACAGUAUGUGAAACUUAAAAAUAUUUGACCGUGAUACAAAAAAAUAAAUGCCGCAAUAUUGCAGGACGGGACAACGUCACUGAUGUGAACACUUGUAUUGACAGGAUACGGGUUCGAAAAAAAUAUUGACGUCUGAAAUAAUCGCACAAAAAAACACUCCCGGUGUGUGAGGACCUUAAAUGUAACACAUUAUAUUUUAUAAAGAUCCACAGACUUUUCAAAUCAAGAAAGGAUAUGCUCUCGCUCAAGUUGUCUAUGAUCCAUUUCACUAUCUAAAGAGCCAAGUUUGGAUCUUUCUCACAACCGCAGUUUGGUUGAGGUUUAGGGUUAGGGUUAGGGUUAGGGGGGUCCCUGUGAUGGUAAUUCAGGUUCUUUUUAGUGAUCAAGAUAAUUUAAUGCAGUAAGAAGUGGCUUUUUGAGGCUUCUCAUAUAGUCAUUAAUUAGCAUAAUCAGCACAAAUUACUCUUGCAUGGGAGAAAAUUUAGCAAAGAAGAAGCAGAUGUUGCUUAUUUUCCAACACUAACUUUGCUCUUUGGGGGGAAUUUUGAUGUUUAUCAAUGCUAACUUGAUCACAGAGCUCUGCUGAUGCUAGAAGAAGGCCUUGGAUCAUCAUAUUUGAAGCGGGGGCCAUGGACUAAGCUGGUAGCUGGCAGAACGAGCUGGAGUUGGAUUCUGGCCUCAUAUUUCUGUAAAAACCUGACCCGCGUUCAAACAAACUGAACCCGAUUGAAAGUGUUGUUGUUCUUGUGUAUGAGGACACAUUUAUGUCACAGUGAAGUCAAAUUAAGAAGUAUUAGAUUUGGCAUUUUAAGGAAGCCAUAUAAAGCCUCUGAAGUCUUGUUUUAUUAGAGAGAUUUAUUCAACACAUAGAUGGUGUUGUGAGUCAGAGACUGUAAACUCAGCUUUUAUUGAAGUGAAGAUUUGGUUGGUCUAAAAAAAAUGACAGCAGACUUGAAAUAUGUCACCGUCACGCUUCUCAUUGAGCCCACAGGACACACAGUCUUGUUUCUGCUACAGGUUUCCUCCCCUAUUUCCCAUAUUGCCAUUAAAAUUUCUCUCUGCACUGCAGGUACUUUCAUCCUUCCUGACAACAACAGCACAUGUCCAAACCUCGAGCCAGACAUGAAAACAAAACUCCACCGGGGGUCCAGUAAACCUAUUAACCAGCAGAGGAGCGGAGAGUCAUGUGGCUCAGAGCUGGGGCAGGUCACUGCCUCUCUAAGGUGGUGGUCCUGUUCAGGUUACUAUGGCAACUGUCUGACAGGAGUUACAUAACAGCCGAUCAAACCCGUUCUACCCCACUGAGGGCUUUAACAAUGUUGUCAAAAAAGGGGCGCCUGCUGAUUUUGCUGAAAUGUCCAUAGGAAGUGUGCUGCGUUGAGCCUUUCUGCUUUUUUUCUCCCUUUGCUGCCACUUCUUGCUUUAAAAUCAUUCAUUUUCUCUAUUUUUUUUUACCAACAGAGCAUUUUAGAUGUAGAUCCUGUUGUGCUUUUUAAACUCAUGUGGAUUUUGGAUAUGUUUGAAAAUCUAUAAUGUGCCAGUACAUGAUCUGGGUGCCUGGCUGAUGAGUCCAAAAAGCAUACGGUCUGAGUGGAAACGUGCUGUUUUAUACAUAAAUUGGCUUCUACAGCUGGCUAGCUAUCUGGUUACAGCUUUCAAGGUUUUGGCAACUAGCAUCUAGAAUAAAUAUCAUCCUUUUCUAUAAAACAUGGUAUUGAGUUACCUUGUAGUAUUUGUAUGAAAAAAAUGUGCAAGUAAUUAUGUGAUUAUUUUAAAGCUCCAAUAGGUUUUUUUGGACAUGAAUAGAUUGACUGAAAUUUACAUUGAUAUCUUUUAGUGAAAGCUAAUGAGACCUUCAGAGUCAAAAUUGAUUAUUCUUUUUCCAAAUUUUUACUGCUCAAAACUGGUAUGAGAGGGUAGGUGUCAGCUGAGCAGCUAAAGAAACAGCCCUGUUCUACAAUUUCUACAUAAAAUAUUAACAAUAAAUGACACAUUUGAUUGAAAAAAAGUCGCCAGGGUGGGAUUUUUUUUUUUUUUUUUUUUUUUUGUCAGAAGUCAUUACCUUAGUUUGUAGAGGAGAAGAUAGAUCUUGUCCAGAGGGGGGCACCAAAAUUGACACAAAUCAAAAGUUCCUGAUAGGAGCUUCAAAGAUGGUACAAUGCAAAAGCCAAUGACUGUGUGUAUAAAUUAGCCUGGCUGGGCCAUCCAGUUGCGUGAAUCACUUGCCUUUCCUUCCCACAACAGUCUGGACUUCGGCCAAUUGGAAGCCCUAAAAGUGGGCGGGAGUACUUCCCUUGACAGACAGACUACUGUAACCAAUCACCGUAACCAAACACCUGACGUCAUCACAGUGCGCAACUGUGUUCCCUGCUGAGCUCUCAAGCAUCAAGUAAAGGUUUGGUAAUAUUUCAACGUGUGCGAGCAAACAAUGUCUUCUACGUCUUCUUCUGCGGAUAUAAACGAUUUCUGCCGACUUUGCAAAGUCAACUGCAGAAUUAACGGUGUUCUGAAUGAACGGCGCUUUGAAAAGUCCCGCAGCAUGUGUUAGACGUCACCAUCUACACAUGGACCAAUCAGAGGCUGCCUUUCACUGUUGUCCGGGAAACAGUGGAACACAGUCACUGAUUGGCCCGGUUAUUUUCUAAUCGCUAAUACACGCUCCCAAUUGGCCGAAGUCCAAACUGUUGUGGGAAGGAACGGCAAGUGAUUCACGCAACUGGAUGGCCCAGCCAGGCUAUGUAUAGAUGCGUUUAUAUAUAUGUUUCUUAAAUUCUUAUUUAUUUAUUUAUUUUCCAAGGUACAUUUUGUAUAAGUCCUUUUUGUCACUUGUGUCACUGCUCAUUGUCCUUUUUACAUUUUGCCUGUAAGGUGCCCUCUAGCUAGAGCUCACUCACUUUCCCAGAUUUCCAGCCUUUUCCAGGGCAUCGAGACAUGGUUAUGCAAAACUCUUGUCAACACAACAUCUUCCAUCCUCCCCCACUAUGAAAUAUUUACAGGCAGAGUCCAACAGAUUUGUCAGGAGAGAUCUGAAAACUCUUGAAUGAUGGAUCGGGAAUGUUGUUUUGACACAAAGUUGGACUGAAAGACACUCAAUCUAUCAUCGCUGCUGCGGGGAUGUAAUCAGAUUGGCUACCUGAGAGCACGCUGUGUUGUAAUGACCUCUAAUCACUCAGUAUGUUUUCAUGAGUGCAGUCUCAGGGAUUAUUGUCCUGUCUUUUAUCUAAGGAGAUAAAACGAGCGCACGUGUCUUGGGCUUCUUCUUUUUUUGACUGUGCGGUUUUCAAGCUUGUGCCUGUGCAUUCCUGUCAACAGGCCUCCCUCCGUUACCGCCGAACACUGGGGAGUCUUUUUGUGGAUUCCAGAUGUCAUGGCAACAGGAUGACAGUGGCCUCAAGCCCACGCAGUAAUCGUCACUGAUGAGGUAAAUAUGCUAUACUCCGCUAGAAGAUGUCAACACAAAUCACACUUUCUUUUCACGAAACGCAACAACAUAAUUCUCCUGGUGGUAAUGAGUCAUCCACAUGCAGUUACUUUCUGAUUUGUCUCAAGUACUGACAGAAAAUGGAGCCGGAGCUGUGUGCAGAAGCAGACGCCAUCGGUUACUCAGUAGUGACAGAAAUAAAGAAUAAAUACAGAGACACUCAUCCAUGCAUUAUUCAGAGAGUCAAAGCCCCACACUCGGGAAACAACAGGAUUCAGUUCGCAAAGCUGCCAAGUUCGACACCUGGAGUUCUCACUUUUCUGUCGCUGAGUGUAAUUAAAGGGAAACCAUAGAAACCUUACAUAAUGUUGUCAAGAUCUGAUCAAGAUCUGAAAGUCUACGUUCAUCUUUCACUCAUUUCUGAGAGCACAGAAUGAUAAAUGUCGUUCAUAUUUCAUUUAAAAAGCAGCUGCUGCAUACGUAAAAGCCUCAGGUCAGAGCAGACAGAGAAGAUAGACAGCUGGUGAGACCGGAGAGCCAUCCUCCGCCUGUGAGGCCGCGUCUCCGCUUGAAUUCACAGAAAGCUGUGAAGUCCCUAGAGACAACCACAUCCACAUUCAUGUGUUGAUGAACCAACAGUCACCAAAGGUCAAACAUUUGAAAAACAAAUGUCACUCGUCAGCAUGCAAAAUAAAAAAAUGAAAAAUCUGAGUCUGGAUGCGAUCCAGUUUUAAAGCAGUUGUUUGGGUUGGUGCACUCAUACACACAUACACACACAGACACACAUGCACAGACAGACAGACAGACAGCUGGUGGUAAACGGUGUCUGUGGAGCAUGGUAACCUGCUGCAGGGCUGGUUGUACAGUCUGGCACAGAACCAUGGGGAGGGAGAGCUGGGUUCAGCCUGCGGGUGUGUGCAUAUGUAAACCAGAUAAUUUCAUUGGGUAAAUCCUAAAGUUUGGUUAUCCUAUGAAUAUUUAAUAAAUAAUAACCUACCAGGUUUAGUUUUUUCCUCAGAAAUAUGAUCUAUCAGAAGCUCUAUAUUCGACUUAUGAAAACAGGUUAAAGAAAGGAGAUUGCACUGACGUUUUGAAUCUGAUAUUCUCAGAGGCAAAAGGCGAGUUUCGGUUUUAAUCGUUGUGGUUUAAAAGCACAGUGUUUUACCAGGGACAUAAGGUGUUGCAUUUGUAUAGACAUUUUUUCUUACUUAAGUUGAGCAACAAAGAAAAUAAUCUGAAGCAUUAAUGCAGUUAAGAGAUGAGAAAGAAGAAUAUUAAGGCACAGUAAAAGAUGUACGUUUAACACUGUAACUCCAACCAGUUUCCAAAACGACAGACUAAAACUUAACCAAGACCUGAUGCAACAUUUGUCAUUUUCAAAUGAAUCCUGUCCUCUCUUUGUUAUUAGUUUUUGUUGCUCAAUAUUCAGGGGAAUACUUUAAAUGUUUUUAUGAAAAUAGGUCAAAAAAAAAAAAGGAGAUUGCACUGACGUUUUGAAUCUGAUAUUCUCAGAGGCAAAAAGCGAGUUUUGGUUUUAAUCGUUGUACAAGUGGUUUAAAAGCACAGUGUUUUACCAGGGAAAUAAAGAGUUGUAUUUAAAUAAACAGUUUUUUUUUGUUUUUUUUGUAAUUUUUCUUAUGAGAGUCAAGCAACAAAGAAAAUAAUCUGAAGCAUUAAUGCAGUUAAGAGUGCAAACUGCAACUCCAACGAGUUUCCAAAAUGACAGACCAGAACUUAACCAAGACCUGAUGCAACAUUUCUCAUUUUCAAAUGAAUCCUGUCCUCUCUCUGUUAUUAGUUUUUGUUGCUCAAUAUUCAGGGGAAUACUUUUAAUGUUUUUUAAGAAGCACCCGAGCAGUGUAAAUGUAAUUCUGGCCUGAAGCUCCAUCAAUAUUCAGCUGUGUGGGAAGUAGGCAGCAAUGUCCGAGAUGAUCGCGGUUAUGAAAUCGUGGAUGAGUGGGUUAUGCAAACGUUUAGGACACACACCCACACACUCUGACGCUCACACACAUACACAUUCACACACAUACAGGGACAGAACAGAGUGUAUCGGGCGACUGAUGAGCAGGACUGACGCAUGUCUGUCCUCACAGUGUUCACACAGUCAGGCUCAUUGAUUCUGAACAAAACUGGAACAGUGAUUUGACUUCCAUUAUGUUUCUGUCCCUCUCUCCUUCUCUCUGUUGUUCUUUAUGGAAAUUCAAGCCUCUGUUUCUCUCUUUUUCUCUUAAUGAAUCAAACUAAUUGCAUGUUGUUCUCGGGUGAACUCAGAUCAGG